AUGGUCAAGUCAUCUACUGUCCUGUUGGCGUCGGUCAGCUCGGCCGCUGCCCUCGUCAUCCGUGGUGAAAGCUCUACCGCUGCCGCCGCUGCACUUCAGGAAUGGGAAACUACAACGACGACAAGCCCCGCCGCCGCAAAGACAACAACCACAACAGUCCCCUUUGUCGAAUGGUCAACUACAACUACCAGUCCUGCUGCUGCUAAGACCACUACAACGACCACAGUUCCCUUCGUCGAAUGGAGCACCACAACAAAGCCCGCUCCAACAACGACGACUGUUGCCACGACAUGGGCCGAUUGGACCACGACCACAACGACGAAGCCAGUCGUUAAAACCACCACGACUCAGUGGGAGGAUUGGACGACCACCACGACGAAGCCAGUCGUUAAAACCACCACGACUCAGUGGGAGGACUGGACGACCACAACGACGAAGCCAGUCGUUAAAACCACCACGACUCAGUGGGAGGACUGGACGACCACAACCACGAAGCCAGUCGUUAAGACCACAACAACGGCCCAAUGGUCCGACUGGGUCUCUACUACCACGAAACCAGUCGUUAAGACCACAACCACCGCUCAGUGGCAAGAUUGGAGUUCAUCAAGCAAGGCUCCAGCACCAGUCGUGUCGACUUGGGAGACCUGGGCUCCAGCACCAGCUCCAAGCUCGGUGAAGCCUGCUCCUGUCGCUUCCACGUGGGAGUCCUGGGCUCCAGCUCCAGCCCCAAGCUCGGUGAAGCCUGCUCCUGUCGCUUCCACGUUCCAGUCAUGGGCUCCAGUCCCUGUAGCACCAGCAAGCUCCGCUCCCGCUCCUGUGUUCAAUACAUGGGGACCUGCUUCAGCCCCUGCUCCUGUAGCCCCAGCAGCGUCAUCUGUUUGGCAAAGCUGGGCUCCCGCACCAGCACCAGUUUCAUCUGUUGCUCCCCCUCCACCUCCACCAGCCAGCACCACAGUGAAACCAGCUGUGUACACUCCUACCACUGCAGCACCUGCUGUUGCUACCUACACUGGCGCUGCUAUCCAGAACAAGCCCGCCAUGGCUCUCGUUGGUGGCCUUGCUGCUCUCAUUGCUUUGGCAUAA